AUGGCUUCCAAACCUGGCCGUCUUGCUUCCAUUCUCCGUCCAUGGGGCCUGAUCUGGUUGUCUAUUUGUCUCCACUGGGAAGCUUUGACACAAGCAAUUCGUCGAGACGGUCUCGCGGCACUUGGCCGCCCAGGACAAAUUCGAGAUGCCGCUUCAGCCAAGUUGCUCACUGACGGUUUUAUCGCUUACGAAGACACAACCAUUGUUCCCUCGCUCGUACAAGCCGCUGGUGGCGUUGUUCUCGAACUGGGCCCUGGGCCAGGCAAUCAGAUUCAUCGUUAUGAUACCUCUCUUAUCAAACAUGUCUACGGCAUUGAACCUAAUCCCCACUUUGAAGACGACAUAAAUGCCAAAUUGGACAAGAAUAACCUGCGGGAUAAAUAUAAGGUGAUAGUGUGUGGCGUUGAAGAUAGCGAUGUGCUGAGGGAAGAGGGAAUCACGGAGGGGAGCUUGGACGCCGUGCUAUGCAUCCAGGUCCUAUGUGCUGUAAAGGAUCCAAAGAACGUGAUGAAGGAGGUGUGGAAGCUGCUCAAACCUGGUGGCAAGUUUAUAUUCUGGGAACACGGAUGGAGUCGAAACCGCUUGACAAGUGUGGCACAAGCUUGCUGGAAUCCUGUCUGGAGUACAUUUGUCGGAUGUGAUUUGACCCGGAAUGUGUUGGCGGACAUUCUCAACAGCGGAGAGUGGGAAAAUCCACACGAGAUCGAAGAACCGGAAGAACCGUUUAGUUUGCUGCCUCGGAUUCAAGGGGUGCUUGUCAAGAAGGUUUAA